GCGAAAAACAUUUUCCUGCUCUUCGUGUCGCCGCUGCUCCUCAUUUGCCGACUCCGAUCGACCAUUCCGGGCCAUGAGCAUGCAACACCACCUGUACUACUGCCUUCACUACAACCGAUUGUAAACCGUAGGCCAGGUUCCGAGUGCGCGUGCUGGUCCAAACAAAACCCGCUUGCCGUCGAAAAACAGGUCUGGCCGAGUGUUUGGAAUCCGGAGAAAAGUGUCCUCUUGUUUACAGCCGGCGACUUCCACGCUAUCGCAAUCGAAGCAUCAGCGUGAUGCAGCCACCAUCGAUCGAUAAACGGCAGCAGCACGGUCAGAACUUCUCCCAUCCACGAUGAAGGAAACGAGGCUUUGAUAAACUCAAGGACCUACCGCUACGAUCGCAUGCCGCAGUCGUUCUUGGAUACGAUCUGUCUUCCAACGCCGACGAUCGCUUGGCCAGUGUGCCCCAUUCGCCCCGUGAGCCGCAACCAGGAUGGCCACCUACAACAAUGUCCACUGGUUGCUGUCGCACAUACGCAACUCGUUCAUCUCGACGGACGAUACCGGUGUCAGCGAGACGGUAAUGGUAACGGAAGACCUUCCGCAGCAGUACGCUGCCCGGCAGCGACAAACCCUGCAACUGAUGGAAGAGGAGGGUGACGGUUACGAGCCGCAAUUCGAUCGCAUCCCAUCCGAAUCCAUGACCCCGCCGGAUGGGACGGAGGAAAUGGAUGCACGGUUUGGGGUUGAUUAUCAGUACUUUUACUGCUACCCGGGGCUGGAUGAUACGGAUGAAGAGGAUGGAGACGCACUGUCACAAUCGUACGACAUCCAGAUGGACCAGGACGGUGGUUUUCAUCGGACACGCUCGAAUACGGCACAGAAGCUCGAGAAGCUGGAAAAGGCACGACAGAAAGCCGCCCUCGUCAAGUCCGUCAAGCCCGUUGACCAUUUGCCGCGCCCUACGGAGGAGGAACUGAAGGAAGACGAUUACUUCUUCUGCCGUCGAACGGUACCGAAGGUAGUGGCGCAAGUACCAUCCAGUUCGUUGCUCAGUGAACAGCUUCGGGCACACCCGACACUGCCACGGAACAAAUUUCUCGAGUACGCCAAGUUUGAUGGUACCGGCCACAUCGAGAUGCCUACGCGUACGUUUAAGAUCUUUCUUACCAUUCUCCCGGAGGAGCAACGUGCCUUUCCGAUACAAGUGUGCGUACAGGGUGCGGCCAAGAUACAGGAGUUUGUGGGGCUGAUCUGUUACAAGUGCAGCAUAGCACACCCGGAGCACGAACUGCGCUCCGUGGGCCACUACGCGAUCUACAUGGCCGAGGAGGACGGUGAGGUAGAUACGGAUUUUCCAGCGCUCGAUAUGAACGAACCGUGCUCCAAGUUUCGCUUCACACACCUCGCUCUGGCGGAACGGCGGCUUCCGAGUGCUGCCAGUCAGCAAACGUACCCUAUUCAAUCCACCGUCGGAGGGGCAAACGAAUCAUUUCGAAUUGAAUCGUUCGAUGCAGACACGAAACGAACCAGCCUUCCUAGAAGCAAACCGACGGCUACUACGAUAAAACACGAAACAUCAAGUUUACCUGCACCACUGCGUUCGUUAGAAGCGGCCACUCGCUCGUUAUCACUGUCGAGCGCUAAUCGCGUUAGCAUCCAACAACAGGAGGAUCUUGAUCGUAUUAAGCUGCGAAGUCACACUUCGAAGAUCGAGGCUCCACUGUAUCGAUCAUUUCAGGUGCAUGUGCUGCAAAAGUCGCGCCUGAAGACGCCCGUACAGCUCGGCAUAUCGAGCGAUCGGUUCGAGAUUGAUCCAGUACCGCAGCGAGCAAGCAAAUUUUGGAAUCGACAGAAAUCCGCCAACCACCCGAUGGAUGCUGUGGCCGCCUGUUCGAUCAUUGAGCAAAGGGCAGCUAAAGCAAUCGUACGGCUCGUGUACAGUCCAUCGAACGUAGCAGUGCUCGCCAGCAGCGAAGCAAGGAUGGAGGCACCGGUUAGCUUCAAGCACUACGACAUUGAAACCGACCGCAAUACUGCGGAAACGAUCGUUGAGAAAGUGAACAACAUCCUCGAGGUACGGCUUAGCCCGGUUCGGCGAGAGUAUAUGCGACGCCGUGGGACACUGAAAUCGCCCAACAGUAGUGCGUAGCACCAGUAGCAAGCUGGGGUCAGCCGACGAAGGUAGUAGUAACGAACAAGCAAAUCAAGGAAUUUAUUAAGCUCCACAACUGCCAUUUCGCAUACGUACCAUUCAACAAAACAAACACCACACUGUCUCACCCACUCACAUCAUGAACAAUAGGAAGCAGGAGAGCAACUAUUUAUUUUAAUCCAUUCCCACCAGAAAAAGGCAACCCGUCGGCCGCUUCUCGGGCAGCUCGGGAUGAAUCAGUGACGGCGACGACUAGGACUACGAGGAUUAGCUAGCAUUAACGACCACGCGAGAUGGCGAUUAUUAAGCUUUAAUAUUUAUUUUCAUAACAACAUCAACGCAAAACCUGCAUCAUCCAUCAACCAUCUUAACCAUGGGAACUGAGACUCAGAACUUAUGAACUUAUGAUACAAAACCGAUCACAGCCACAAAGCCAACAUUCACAAACCAACCUAGCCAUAGACUUGUCUCCCGGGCACGGCAGAGCGAUUGCGGUAGAUAGUGCAAUUUAGAUUGUUUUCCCAGGCCCAUCCGGAAAGGAUGAUACUUAUACUACUCGUCGUUUUAUACAGUAAGACAAACCGAAAACCGAUAAAAGUGUUCAGCCCCGAAGGUCAUACGUCGCUCCUCGCAGAGUUAGUCCGGGCGUCCGUCAAGUAACCUCGCCAUUGAGUCAGCUAUCAGUUUAGUUCGUUAGUACACCCUGCGUCAAUCGCUAAGUUCCAUUCGCGAAUUGGGGUGAGCAGGGCAAAGUAAUGUACGUGAAACAAAUGUGUUCCUUUAGUAACUAGAAGCUAGCAGACGCACGCGUCUACUGCAUAAUUUUAGCUUAGGUUCUAGGAUUUCGAUUUCGAAGUUACUUCUGCCACUGCUUUUAUUUAUCGUAAUUCGCAUAACUGGUGUGUUUGUCCCGUGUUUUUCGUUGUUGUCGGCCACAUUGCGGCCGCCUGUUGCGAACGUUUUCCUAGUUAACGUGUUCUUUCCUCCCCCACACUAUAUGUUGUUGCAUCGGGUUCUCAAGCCGAUUGCUGCCUAAAGUGAAGCUAUAUUAUAGGGACCUUAGUUUAAGCGAUGGUUAGCUGCCGAAAACCCGACCCUCUGCCCUUGAGUGAGUGCAUCAUAUACGCGGGUGAUGCCCACCCCCUUUGUUGUUUACCGAUAAAAUGGCAAUACUUGAGUAAAGUGCGGAUAAGUAUGGAGCAGCUGAUCAAAAGCAAUCGAAGCGUGGGGCAUAUGGUUCCGUAAUGUAAAUACUUUAGCGGUAAGCAACGUGCAAGCGCACGUGCGUGUCCGUGGAGUCAAAGUAAAUAUAAUU